AUGAGUGGUAAUACUUCAGAUUCAAUAUCAUCAAAUCGAUAUAAUCAAAAACCGUUUAUGUCAACUAAUCGAGCACGUACUCGAUUUUCUCCACAAGGAUCUUCCCGUUCAAUAAAUAAUAAGCAAUUUAGUUCGAAUUCGGAUGCUUCACAUAAUUUAAUUAAAUUAGAUCAACUUGUCGAUACUUUAAAAUCUUUAAAACGUCUUAUAUCACAUUAUUUUGAUCAAAUAUCGAAACUAGGUGAAUCUCUAUUAGCUGGUGAUGUUCGACGCGUUUAUCGACGUAUAUUACUUCUUUAUGUUAAAUACCGUCGACGACAAAAUUAUGAAAAACGUCGUAUGAAACAGCCGAUAGAAGAAUCAGAUAAUGACGAUGAUGAUGAUGUGAAUAGUAAAAAUUCUAAUAAACAUAGUACAGAAACAAAUAAUAUGAAUAGUAUACCAACAUGGACAAUGAAAAAAAUCGUUAGUUCACAAAGUUUACCGUUCACACGUGCUGGUUUUGAUGCUGAUCAAGAUGGAAUUGAAGAUUUUGAUGAAAUAGCAUUAGCUGCAACACGUGAUGUUGCUAAUAUACAGAAUCAUUGUGUUCGAUUAAUUCUUAAUGAUCAUCAAAUGAAAUUAUCUGUUUAUGGUUUACAAACUCGAUGGGAUAGUGAAAUACCAAAACAACGAAAAUAUAUACAAUCAACAACAUCAACUAAUAAUACUGGAGUACAAGUUAUUAAAAAGACAGGAAUUAAGUCAUCUAACAUUCCACUAUUAACAUCUACUUUUCCUUCUAUUAUACCGCCACCAACUACAAGUGAUCAGGAGUUAUUUUUAGGCUCACUCGCUCGUCAAUUAAAUGAACAAACAUGGCAACAACUUCAUUCAAUUUUUGCUAAUUUAAAUUCUCAUACAUUAUCAACAUCAUCAACUGAUUCUCAAGAACAGAUAAAAAAAUAA